AUGCGUUGUCCAAUACAGGAAAUGAAUGGCAGUUCCAAGUUCUCAACUGCAGCUUCUAUCACGCGUGUCGUACCUGAACCACCGUCGGCGGCUAUUGAAAAAUCAUUCUACAAUCCUUUCACCGUGGACUUGUCUCUGAACGAUACAAAUCCACCUGCAACAAAAGGACGAAAUCAGUAUCGAUGUAACGGUAGAGAGUGCAACCAUCCGACCGAGGUGAAAAGAAUUUAUCUGAGAGAAGUAGCCGUCGGCACAGAUAACGAUUUGCUGCCUCUUGAUCAGAAAUCUCGAUCGUCGAUCGUUGAGAAAUCACGUCGAAUCACGUUCGAGCCCGAUAUCGAACGGCAUAACAGCUAUCAUCCAGCCAACAGAAAUAACAUCAAUGAGAACGUGGCAACGUCGAUCAUUACUAACAGACGCAGUCACAAUUAUAACAAAGCUUCGCUGAAUAGAUCGCUGAAUUUUUCUAACGCACAGCACGCUACUACUAACAAAGAGAUUCGAAAUUAUGCGAAAGAAGAACAACGGGUGGCAGAGAACGGCAGUUGCUCGGCAAAGAGCGCGAUCGGCAACGAUCAGAGCAAAAUAUUUCUAAACAAUCGGCAAGAUAUCGACAACGAGGAGAACGACUACACGCCGAUCCCAGUCAAACAAUUGAUACAAGAAUUCGAGAAAACGUGCAGGCCCGUCCUGCAGUACAAACAAUUCAGCCCAAAGGUUAUUCCGAUCAUGCAACGACAAUCACCCCUCGACAAUGACAUAUCGCGAUUCUUUGAAAGGCAAAAUUCCGUCAACAAGUACAAGUACGCCGAGGAGGAUGAGCACAGGAGAAUGGCCGAGCGACAAAGAUACGAGGAACUGGCGAAACUGCAGGAUCGCUGUAACAAUGGUUACAGCGUGUCGACCGAUGACACGGAAUACACGACCGACGACGGAAGCGAUUCCGAGACGAACGAUUACAGCGAGGAGAUUAUCUACCGGGAGAAGUCGGAAUCCUCCAGCAUAAUGAACGGCGAUCAAGACUAUUGUUCGUCGAUUUACCGGGAUGAAUGUUCCAGCCGACGUCGGUCCGUCACUUCCGAGGAAGUGGAGAACUUUUGCAACGGCAGUGGCAAAUUCACGAAUACGGAGUCGCACGUGCCUGUGGAGGCCAAGUCGUUGUUACUAUCGAUGAUAGCUUCCCAAGAAGAUAUCUUGCAAACAAUCAAGCAUUUGCGUAACACGCCUGUUUUGGGCAACCUGUUGGGCAACGGUGUAAACUCGCCGGACUGUGAAUUCACUGUCGACGCAAGUCCCGAUGUAGGC